UCCUGUAGGAGUGUAAAUGGGACAUGACACGGUAGUCGGGAGAGCUCGGAUGAAAACAAUAACAAUAACUCCUUAAAUAAAUAGAUAGUGCGGAAUAAAGAAAACAGAAGUACCCCGUUUACUUGAACGUCGAUCUCGACCGGGAUGGAGGCAGUGCCCCGCAUGCCCAUGAUAUGGCUGGAUUUAAAGGAAGCCGGGGACUUUCAGUUCAGUCCAUCCGUCAGGCAGUUCAUCCUGAAGAAUUAUGGGGAGAACCCUGACAGCUACAACGAGCAGCUGAAGAAACUGGAGCAGCUCAGACAGGCGGCGGUGAACGUGACGCGGGACUUCGAGGGCUGCAGCACUCUCCGCAAGUACUUCGGCCAGCUGCACUACCUGCAGAGCCGAGUACCCAUGGGCUCCGGACAGGAGGCCGCCGUGCCCAUCUCUUGGACCGAAAUCUUCUCUGGAAAGACAGUUACUCAUGAUGACAUCAGCUACGAGCAGGCUUGUAUCCUCUAUAACCUAGGGGCUCUGCAUUCCAUGCUGGGAGCUAUGGACAACAGGGUGUCGGAGGAGGGCAUGAAGGUGUCUUGUACGCACUUCCAGUGCUCAGCUGGGGCUUUCUCUUACCUGCGGGACCACUUCAGCCACAACUUCAGUGUGGACAUGAGUCAUCAGAUACUCAACCUCAACAUCAACCUCAUGCUGGGCCAGGCUCAGGAGUGCCUAUUGGAGAAGUCCAUGCUGGACAACAGAAAGAGUUUUCUUGUUGCCCGUAUCAGUGCCCAGGUGGUGGAUUAUUACAAGGAGGCUUGCCGUGCUCUGGAGAACUCAGAUACCGCCUCCCUGCUGGGGAAGAUCCAGAAGGACUGGAAGAAGCUGGUGCAGAUGAAAAUCUACUAUUUUGCUGCGAUUGCACACCUCCACAUGGGCAAGCAGGCAGAGGAGCAGCAGAAAUAUGGAGAGAGGCUGGCGUACCUGCAGAGUGCUCUGGACAAGCUGAGCGAAGCAGUGAAACUGGCCAAGGGUCAGCCUGACAGCGUGCAGGAUGCCCUGAGGUUCACCAUGGAUGUCAUUGGAGGAAAAUUCAACUCUGCCAAGAAGGACAACGACUUCAUAUACCACGAGUCCGUGCCAGCCCUGGACACCCUGCCCUCUGUCAAAGGGGCCCCGCUGGUGAAGGCUCUGCCUGUGAACCCCACCGACCCCAGCGUCACUGGUCCUGAUAUAUUUUCCAAGCUGGUUCCCAUGGCAGCCCAUGAGGCCUCCUCUCUUUACAGUGAGGAGAAGGCCAAACUGCUGCGCGAUGUGAUGGCGAAGAUUGAGAGCAAGAACGAGACUCUCGAACAGUUCAUGGAUUCCUUGCGGCUGGACCCCGACACAGUGGACAACCUGGACAUGUACAGCCACAUCCCGCCUGUGCUCAUGGAGAAGUGCGCUGCUCUGAGUGUGCGGCCCGACACGGUGAAGAGCCUCAUCCAGUCCAUGCAGGUGCUGUCGGGCGUGUUCACGGACGUGGCAGCCUCGCUGCAGGAGAUCCGAGACCUGCUGGAGGAGGAGGAGGCCCGCGAGGCCCGCCUGGAGGAGGCCCUGGGGAAGCAGGCUUUCCCGCCCGCGCCCCCGGUCCUGGCCGAGCUGCGCCGGGAUCUGGACAAGUACCUGGAGGCCCACGAGAAGGCCAGCUUCACCAACACCGAGCUGCACCGCGCCAUGAACCUGCACAUCAACAACCUGCGGCUGCUGGGGGGGCCGCUGGACAGCCUGCGCGACGCCCUGCCGAGCCCGCAGCUCAGCGAGGAGGAUAUGGCGGCCCUGCAGACCAUGAAACGGAUCCUGGGAAAGGUGACGGAGAUGCGGGAGCAGCGAUCCUCCCUGGAGAAACAGCUGCGGGAGCUCAUCCAGCAAGAUGACAUCACCAGCGUGCUGGUCACCACUGACCGGGCAGACAUGAAGAGGUUGUUUGAAGAGCAGCUGAAGAAGUAUGAGCAAGUCAAGGUGUACAUCGACCAGAAUCUGUCUGCCCAGGAGAACAUCCUGAAAGCGCUGACCGAGGCCAACGUCCAGUAUGCCUCUGUGCGCAAGAACCUGACUGACACAGAGAGCAAGUGGAACACCACAGUGCAGACUCUGGUCUCCUCCUAUGAGGCCUAUGAGGACCUGAUGAAGAAGUCCCAGGAGGGGAAGGAGUUCUACGAGGACCUGGAGGCCAAGGCAUCUCGCCUCCUGGAGCGAGCCAAGGCUGUUAGCCAGGCCAGAGAAGAGGAGCGGCAGCAGCUGCUGGAGAGAGAGCUGCAAAAGAAGGCACCCCCAAGGCCGACAGCUCCCAAGCCGCCCCUGCAGAAGAAGGCCUCAGACAUGGACUCGGGCUCAGCUGUGGAGGAUCCUGAGCUGGCCCAGCUGAGUGCAGCCAUCCUGGGGCUUGGGGGAGACCUGCCAGAGGAGCUGCGCAGCCUCCCGCCAGAUGCCCCACUGCCGUUCCCCAGGGGCACUCGGCCCCCUGCCCCCGAAGUCUUCCUCCCUGGGGGCACAGGCAGCCCCCCUCUGCACUGGCCUGGCGCUGCCCUUUACAGCCAGCCGCGUUUUCCCAGGCACGUGCUUCCGCCUGAGGCCCUGGCAAGGCUGCCCCACUACGCUCCUCCCCAGCCGCGGGGCUUCCCCCCCGCCAAUGCGCCCCUGCCCAGUGGUCCCCACCCUUUCCCUCCCGCCGCUCCCCAAGCCCCCUCCGCCCAGCAACCUCCUAGCUCUGCGUAUGGCCUGCCUCCUUCCUCCCAGCCCUGCAGUUCUGUGCCCAGCCCAGCAGGGGGUGUUAUGCCGGUACGUCCCUCCACCACCACUGUGGACAGUGUGCAAACCCCCAUCCCCAGCUUCACCCCUGCCUCUGGGCAGCCCAACCUAGCAGCCCCCACGAUGCUGCCCCCACCCCAGCCACAGAUGCCUCCUGCUCGGUAUGGGGCACCCCCUCCGAUGGGCCAGUUCCCUUCUUACCCACAGCCUGGGGUGCAGCUCCAGCAGCAGUUCUCCCAGCUGCCUGCCCAGUUCCCCCGAGCCAUGGGGCAGCAGCAGCAGCCAGCCAUGCAGUCUUUCUACCAACCUCCACCACCUCCGGGGGCCCCUCAGCACCUGUCCCAGUAUCCCCAGUAUGUGCCACAGCCCAGGCAGCCGCUACCUCCUCAGUUCCAGCAGCCGCCAGCCUUCUCUGGGCGUCCUCAGCAUCACCUGCACCCAGUGUUGCCUCCCCAGCCUCAGCCUCCCUACCUUCCACCAGCCUCCCUGGCUUCGCAGCCCAGCCUGCUGCCGGUUUCCCAUCAUUCGCAACCUCACCUUACUCACCGUCCGCCUCUUCACCUCUCCCCUGCUCCUCAGCCUCAGUUGCCUCCAGCUUCUGUCCCUUCACAGCCUCAGGGAAUGAACACACGUCCCUCGCAAUCUCACCUCCCCUCUUCUUCGAACCCUGCCCAGUCUCACCUGCCCUCUGCCUCCCAGCCUCCGCUCCCUCCUGCCUCACAGCCUCACCUCCUCCCAGGCCAAGUCCCCCCUCAGCCAUUACCCCCAGCCUCCCUGCCUUCCCAGCCUCAUCUGGUCCCCAGCUCUCUCCCAGCACAGCCUCAGUUACCCCCCGCCUCCCAGCCUCUCCUCCUUCCCAGCUCCGGCCCUUUACAGACUCAGCAGCCUCCUGCUUCCCAGAACCCCAUGCACCUACCCCAGCAGGGCCUUCCUCCUCCGCCGGGGGCACUGUGCUAUGCUGCUGGAGCGCCCGUCAUGCCUCACCAAGCCCCACUGGCAGCCUCGCAACAGCAGCCCCAGCCCCUGCCCCCAAGCGUCUCCACACCCGCUCCGGUGGCCUUCCCCGCCCCUCCUGCUGGGGCUAUUCCUGCUGUCUCCCUGCAGCACCCUGUACCCCUGGGGCCGUCGGGAGGCCUCCCUCUUUCACAUCCCCAGCACAACCUCCCAUCCUCUUCAGGGGCUUCUGUCACCCAGACACCUAGUGUCAUUCCUGCUUCCUCUGUCCCCUCCCCAUCCCCCUCCCCCUCCCCAGGGCCGCCCUCCUUGGGCCUCGUACCACAGAGACCUUCUCCUUCCCUCACGCCGGUGGGGACCCACCUGACUCCUCCGCCGGCCUCAGCCUCUGCAGCCAGCGGUGCCUCGCCAGGCUCCUCCGACCUCUUCCAGCGGCACGCCUCGAGCACCGACGACCUCCUGUCCUCCAGCCCCGAGAGCCAGCACGGAGGCGCCAAGGCCGCCGCUAACGUGCUGCUGCCCACCAAGGCUGACCCCCAGGACGGCCAGCGGAGGAAGAAGGCCGAGGGAGUGCGGCUGAUCGAGGGCGACCCUUACCAGGCCCCGGAGCGCGUCUCCAAGCUGUGCGCGGAGCUGGAGCGAUUCCGAGGCACGGUGCUGGCCUUGGAAAGGCCCCUGUCCGCCGUAGGCGGCCCCACGGAGCUGGACGCCCGCUGGAAGGAGCUGCAGGACCAGCAGGAGAAGGACGCACGCCAGCUGUCCAUUGCCAUCGCCCGCUGUUACACCAUGAAGAACCGGCACCAGGAUAUCAUGCCGUACGACCGGAACCGUGUGGUGCUGCAAUCAGGCAAGGACGACUACAUCAACGCCAGCUUGGUGGAGGACCUUUCGCCGUACUGCCCCCGGAUCAUCGCCACACAGGCGCCGCUCACUGGUACCGCCGCCGACUUCUGGCUCAUGAUCCACGAGCAGAAGGUAUCGCUGAUCGUCAUGCUGGUGUCCGAGCAGGAGCUGGAGAAGCAAAAGGUGCUGCGAUACUUUCCAUCAGAGCGGGGCCAACAGGUCUCGCAGGGUCCCAUCACCCUGACCCUCACCACACAGAAGGUGACCCCCACUCACGUGGAGCGUAUGAUCGGGCUGCAGUACCGUGACCAGAGCCUCAAGCGCACCAUCAUCCACCUGCAGUUCACCUCGUGGCCGGAGCUGGGGCUGCCUGACAGCAAGAGCAAUCUCAUGCGCUUCAUCCAGGAGGUGCACGGACACUACCUCCACCAGCGACCCCUGCACACCCCUGUUGUAGUGCACUGCAGUUCUGGCGUGGGGCGCACUGGGGCGUUCUGUCUGCUGUAUGCUGCUCUCCAGGAGCUGGAGGCAGGGAAUGGCAUCCUAGACCUGCUGCUGCUGGUGAGGAAGAUGAGGCAGCAGAGGAAGAACAUGCUGCAGGAGAAGCUGCACCUCAAAUUCUGCUAUGAAGCUAUUCUGAAACACGCAGAGCAGGUCCUGCAACGCCAUGGUGUCUCUACUGCCCCCUGCAGCAAGAACACCAGCAACACCGCCAUGAAGCCAUAUUCGCGUCAAGAAACCCAGGACAUCGUCCUGGGGGGAGACAUGCCGAUCAGCUCUAUCCAGGCCACCAUUGCCAAGCUCAGUAUUCGCCCCCCGUGCUCCACUGCCGACCUGUUGCCGGAGCCCAGUUUGGAGUCGUCAUCAGUUCAGCUCGGUCUCUCCUCACAAGGUGGCCCGGAGCCCAGCAGCUUGCCUGCGCAGCCCCAGCUUGAUCUCUCUGUGUCUGCCCAGCUCGCGGAGCCCCCGCCCCCCUCCCAUACCCCCCCAGACCCCUCUUCCCCCAGCAAGCCUCACUCCCCCUCGCCAAACCACAGCAGCACUGAGGUUGCCCCCGGCAACUCCAAUCACCAUGGGGAUGUGCCCCAGCCUCAGGCCCCGCCUGUGACUUCCUCCUCCUCCUCCUCGUCUUCGCUGGAGCUGCUGGCCUCUCUGACAGCUGAGGCCUUCACCCUGGACAGUGGCUCCCGUGGAAAACCACGCAUCAGCAAGCACAGCUUCCUGCAGCACCACAACGGGCAGGGCCUGCAGGGGCCGGCCUCGGAGGACGACCCGCUCAGCUGCCUUGACCCGCUGUGGACACUCAACAAGACCUGAACCGGCGUCUCCUUUCCCUUUUCUCCUCUUCUCUUGCCCUUUCUUCCUGUCCGUAGCUCUGUCCUUCUCUCCGAGUCCGGGACCAGUUCAGUGCUCCAAGCCUUGACCCGGCUGGCGGCCCAAACCGCUCCAGCUGCAGCUACUUCCCUCGCUGCCACUGGGACCACAGGACUAUGGGUUAGUCUCUCUGUGUGUCUUGAACAGAUGGUGUGAGACCUCCACUCUCUCUUCCCCC